AAUGCAAUAUAGACUUUAAUUGUAGUAGAUUAAUUAGAAUACUAAUGUUAUUCCAAUCUCCAUUAUGUAAUCUCUCAAGGGUUUAAGCAAGUAUUUUAAAUAGAAAAAAGGCACUUAAAUGUAAAGAUCUUGUACAUCAUUAUCACCAAAAUAGAAUAUUACUAGAAAUAACUCUAAUUAAGUUGAAAAUCAACUCUUUAAUUUUGUAAAUAAUAAUGAGAAUAGAUCAGUUCCAAAUUUGUUUGAAAAUGUUUAAAAAAAAAAUACAAAUCUUGCUAUUUCUCAUAAACCUCUAAAAGGUAGAAGUUCAUCUAUUAUGAUGAAUAAUGUUACUUAGGAAGAUUGGAAAUAGAAAUAUUUAUAAUUAAAAGAUACUUUAAAUUAACGUAUUACCUUCCUAGAAUAAGAAUUAUAAAAGAUUUAUUCUAUUGAAAAUAAUGCAACUAGCAUUAUUGAUUCUUUAAAUCAUUAAAUCAAUCAAUAAAACUUAUAAUUAGAGGCUUAUAGGAAUAGAGUAAGAGAAAUUGAAAUAGAUUUAGAAAAUAAGAAUUAAUAAAUAAAAAAACUAACAAUUGAUAAUAAGUAAUUCUAGAAAAUAAUUAAUGAAAAAAAUAAUUAAAUAGAUUUAUGGAGAUAAGAUUUAAAAAUUCCAAAAUAACCAUUUCUGACUACUGCAAUGAAAUAAAUUUAAUAAAUUUUUGAAUAAUUAGAAGUAUAGAUUCAUAAUUAUAUAGAAUUCUUAAACUAAUUAUAAAAUUCAUACAUAAUUAAGUCAAAAUUUAUCAAUAUCAUCAUCAUCAAUGGUAGAAAUGAUAAAUUAGAUGAAGGAAUCUUCUUGA